AUGGAGGACUAUGCAACCAGUUUCCUGAAUGUCAUCGAGGAGGCAGCCAUUCCGGAAUCUGAGAGCCGCGAAGAUGACGGGCAACACGAACUUGACACAGUUGACGCCGCCGACGCCGCCGAUACUGCUGACCCCGAGUCGGCGAAGAAGCGAAGGGGUUUGCGCAGUGGCAUCUUCCGCGCCGCCAACAUCCAGGACAAGCUUUUGGAAAAGCUCGUGUCCCAAGUAAUACCCGCCGAGGAGGGCCAUGGCCGGGUCCCAGAUGUCACCGGUGAUGAUAUACCCUUCGCCAAGCGGCCAGGCUUUUCGCUCCCUCUCAUGACUACCAACUUUAGACGAUUCAACGCCCGCAUUGGUGUUGUCUUCAAGUUCCAGGCCCGGGCGUUCCGCCUGCUGUCCUGGCGCCGGCCGACCCAUACGCUCUCCUUUCUCGCCGUCUACACCUUUGUGUGUCUAGACCCCUACCUCCUGUUCGCCCUCCCGCUCGCCAUUUCUCUGUUCGGUAUCCUAGUGCCCUCCUUCAUCGCCCGGCAUCCGGCGCCGACGCCAGACGCAGACCGCGUCCGGAACAUGAGCUAUUCCCCACGAGGCCCGCCCCUCGCGCCCGCCCGCACCGUCAAGCCGACCAAGGAGCUCUCACACGACUUCUUCCGCAACAUGGGCGACCUGCAGAACGUCAUGGAAGACUUCAGCGUGGCCCACGACAAGAUCGUCGCGCUAGUGGUCCCCAAGACCAACUUCUCCGACGAAGCCCUCUCCUCGGCCGUCUUCGUCCUCUUGUUCGCCGGCUGCCUCCUCAUGCUCAUCGCAGCCCACCUCCUCCCGCUCCGCGCCCUGGCCCUCGUCGGCGGCUGGGCAGCCAUCUGGUCAAGCCACCCAACAGUAGCCAGGUUACUACAGCGAGCAAAACUCCAAUACCUCGAACCCCCUCCAUCCCCUUCCCCCGCAGCCGACCCCCUACAACAGCAACAACAGCAACAGCAGGAACCGACAACCAAACCCACUACCCCCCAACCCAACCCCCCCAAACAACAACACCCCCUCCUCACGCACCCCACCCAAACCCUCCAAACCCUCAUAACCCAAGACAUCCUCCUCGACACCUCCCCCGAAACCCGCGAAGUCGAGAUCUUCGAGCUCCAACACCAACCCCACCCCCCACCACCCCCACCACCAACAGCAACACCAACAACAGUCCAGAGAGGGGAGUGGGAACCCUGGCUCUUCUCCCCCUCGCCCUACGACCCAUUAUCAGCGGCGCGGCUGGCCAACGAGCGGCCGCGCGGUGCGCGCUUCUUCGAGGACGUGCUGCCGCCUCGGGGUUGGGUGUGGAGUGAGAAGAAGUGGGCGCUGGACCUGUGGAGUCGCGAGUGGGUGGAGGAGCGCAUCAUUACCGGCGUGGAGGUUGAGACGGAGGGGGAGAGGUGGGUUUAUGAUAUGUGGAGUGAGCGGGAUGCUGCAAGGGGUGGUGGUAUUGGGGGGAGUGGUGGUGGUGGGGAGGGGGAGGAUGGGGUGGUUGUGAGGGAUGGGCAGGGGAGGGGUGCUGGCACGGGCACGGGCACGGGCACGCCGGGGGUUAGUUGGGAGGAGGGCGAGGAGGGGAUGGGCAGGCGCGGGCAGUGGAGGAGGCGGCGGUGGGUGAGGUUGGUUAAGCGGAAGGGGGUUGCUGUGUCGGGGUGAAUGGGCGGUACACUAGUUACCUAGUUGGUUUGUUGGUUUGUUGGUUUGUAAAUUGUAAAACGGGCUCGUACACCUUGUUGAAUUGUGAUGGGCGUAUUAAAUCUUCCAGCAUUGAUGAAACUAAGCAAAACGAUC